CUAUCAUGGCGGACUAGAGCGGUGUUUGAACACGACUGGAAGGAUAAUGUGAAUGAUGAUAAUACAUUGAAGUGUGCAUAAGUUUACUGACACUGCCAGGAUGUCUGAAGCAAGAGGCGAGUCUCGGGCUAGUUAUGCUAGUCAGAGCCAGUAUUCAGAAUCCACUAUAAUAAACCAGGACAUCACAGAUCAGGACCUUUUACAGGCCCAUACGUCCAGCAACCAGGCAUCCAAAGUUGUCAGUUUCGCUCCUGGCUCAGCUCUUGAACGUGCCAAAACAGUAGAAGAACUAGGAAAGCAACAGAGCAAGGGAAUGCAUGCUGGAAAACAUUUAGAUCUGAUGGAGAGACUGAUUGAUAGACCACAUAAUUCGGACGUGUUAAGGAUGGUGAAAGCUUCGCCCCGGGAAAAUAAACAAGGACAGCAAAACACAAGCUCUUCAAAAACUCAGCCUGGUCUUAACAGUUCUCAAGGUCCAACAAGACAGAGUCCACUGAUACCUCGACCACCAUCAGCCAAAACUAACAAUGGUGCUCCUAUGUCAAGUUUUAGAACAACAAUAUUUAAACGAGACUACCAGAAGCGUCAGACAGAUCUCAAUCAACGUAAUCAACAGCCUUCACUUGACCCACCCAAACUUACAGUCAGCAUGCUCCACAAGAAAACCCCCAAAGUGGUGUCGGUGCCGAUCACCCCAGUGGACGACAUGGUGUCUGAGGGUGCGGAGGAUCUAGAGAUUCUCGCCGAGUUGGUAGAACUAAUGGGGGAGUCCGGAGUCAAUGAGAUGGAAAACCUUGGCCCAGAUCUGCAGUUAGAGGAACAACCCAGUGUUCCCCAAGGAGACGUUCCAGAGGAGAAAACUGUUACAUUCAGCAAAGAAGGAAGUGAAAGCUCCCCAACCAAAUCUUUAACUUCCCGUGUGUCAACUGGAAAAUCCUUUGAUGAUGGUGUGACAGAGGAUGAGGAUAUUGACGUUUGCCUCGUGAAAUACCCCGGAGGGAUACCGAUUAUUGACACUAUAGCUCCACCUCCUGUCAAAGCUCCGCCCACAAAGGAUAAAGCUCCAGUUACAGACAGAUCUGCAUCCUCCAUGCAGAAGGACAUUCAUAGUAGUUUAAAGAAGCGAACGAAAUACGAUGAUACAGUCCCAGACAAUGACAAUAUGGUUUAUAACUUACUUCGGCUGCGGGAGCGCCUGGGCUGGGAGUCCGAGAUUCCUCGUCAUGCUCCUGGCUGUAAGGCCAGCAUGAUGAUUCUGCGGAACAUUCCAGAAGAAGAGGCUGAAAACAUUGUUGGGUCUAAGUACAAAGAAGAUGAUGGAGACUUUGUGUAUUGUCUGCCAAAGUGGCGUAAAAAUAGACGAGCUCGAUACGAUCCCUAUGACCUUCAGGUUGUAUCGGCCAAUACAGCAAGGUCACACAAAGUCUACUACACUGUGACAGCAUCCUUCAUUACCACGUGUACACAGAAAGAAGAUGGCAGCACUGAGUCUGUAAACAACCCUGCCCUCUGGUGGCUAUGGGAGAGACGACUUUUCUACAUGAUACAUCAACUUCCUGUGUUUGUAAAAUUCAGAUUGUGGAAGACUUUUAAGAUGUGGAAGAGAAAUGUUCGUCUUCAAAAAAGUGCAAAGAGCAAGGAUGGUAGAUUCUAUUACUCGGGGUACAAGGCUAAGAGUCCACUGAUACCUCGACCACCAUCAGCCAAAACUAACAAUGGUGCUCCUAUGUCAAGUUUUAGAACAACAAUAUUUAAACGAGACUACCAGAAGCGUCAGACAGAUCUCAAUCAACGUAAUCAACAGCCUUCACUUGACCCACCCAAACUCACAGUCAGCAUGCUCCACAAGAAAACCCCCAAAGUGGUGUCGGUGCCGAUCACCCCAGUGGACGACAUGGUGUCUGAGGGUGCGGAGGAUCUAGAGAUUCUCGCUGAGUUGGUAGAACUAAUGGGGGAGUCCGGAGUGAAUGAGAUGGAAAACCUUGGCCCAGGUAUGGACAUAUCUUUGUAA